AUGUCACUAGGGGUCGAGAGGCGAGGAGGGAGUCGUUCGGUCGAUCGAAGGCAAAGCGAUGCCACCAGUGGCGUUGUCGCGCAGAAGCGUGGCGUAUAUACGUACAUAUAUAUUUGCGUCUCGACAGUGGAAUGUCGGACGACUGUGGUGUCCUGUACGUCCGCCUUUACCACUGACUGUUAUUGUUGUGGGUGCCGGUUGAGUCUUGAGCGUGGCGCGUUUCUCUGUUUUGGUGCAGCUCUUUCUGUGCAUGGUGUCCCUUUAUUGCCACCCCCACCCACUGUUUACAUUUGUGUCGUAACGAGAGGUGGUCUGUUAAGGGGGACGGGAAGAUCUUGUUUUUCUUUCCCUUCCCUCUUUGUUGCCAAUCUUCCUUCCUAUCGCUGCCCUAUUUUACUUUACCUGCGGCCGCAUGCCGCCAUUAAUUAUGAAUUAUUUUCACUUCCCCCUUCCUUUUGCUGCUUCCAGCUCCCGUGUGCCGUCUGA